ACAGCCCACAGACACACCCAGUGUAGCCGCCUCCCGCCCCGCCCGGGCGCCCCCGCAGACCGCUGAGAGGUCGGUUUCGCGCCGGGGGUGGGAUUGGGGGGUUCCAGAGGGAGAGGCUAGGGCCAGACUAGGUUGGCCUCAGAAAAGAGAAAAGGCGUCUACACCGUGACCCCGGGCUGGGACCCCGGGAACUGGUGUUGGGUAAGGGGCCAGCCGGCGACCCCACCCACUAGGUACGCCUAGGACCGAGGUGACCCUUCCGAGCUGCCAGUCGGCCCACUCCGCUGCUCCGAAAAGCCCAGCACGACUCUCCCAGGCCCCGCGCCCACCUGCCCCUGCCCCUCCUCCCUCGGGCCUGUGGUCCCUUUCCACCCUGGGCAUGACACUUCCUCUCCGGACCUUGCAGAUCUGCCUUCUUUCCUGGAACCCACCGCAAAGAAGCCGUCCGGACCACCCAGUCGAAAGAGGGGUUUCCUCUCCCCCAGCAACCUACCCAUUUCUUUCUGUCUCUGGCAACUGCGACAUAACAUUGCUUGUUUGCCGUCGCCCCCCGCGUCGGAUUAGAACCCGCGAGACGCUUCCUCAGCCCCAAGGGCAGGCCGGGUCUACCGUGGGCCUCAGGAGACAUCUGUGCGAUGCCGACAAGACGGCCGCCAGGCCACAGUGGGCUGGAACCCUCAGUACUCAGAAGACCAGAGUGCUGGCGCAAGGGAAUUCAGAAUGAAAACAUCAAACGCGAAAAUAAGCUUAGCCCUCUUUUUUCCCCACAACGCCACUUUGAACUAAAAAACAAAAUUUUAACAAGUGUCCCUCAUUUUUUGUGAGCCCUACUUUGCUGGUGCUUGGCUCACUGUUGGGUAAUCUGGAAGAGAGUGACAUCACCAGCGACCAUGACAUCACCACAUCUGGCUUGUGUCAUCAUCGACCUUAACCCUGAGACGUCACCAGCGUGACCAGUGACACCUUACAUUCUGUUCCAUGACGUCAUCCUGCCUGACUGAUGACGUCACUCCGCCCGCCUUGUGGCAUCACGUUCACUGGUCCCGUGAUGCCACUCUGCCUGUCUACGACCUUGGCCGGCCAGCCUGUCUCCUGCCCAGUGGCUGGUGUUCCACGUCCACUGUGUCACGGGCCUCGUGCAGGUGCUGCAGCCGGCGGGGGUCAGAUUCGCAGGCCGCGCGGAGGCCCGAGGGCCCGGCUGGGUCCGCGGAGAGCAGAGGCGUGCGGGCCGAGGCUCGCCGGCUCCUCGGGGGCGCCUCACCCGGUUCCCCUCGCGAGUUCUCCUUUCAGAUUUCCCGCGGCCCCAGCUCGCCCGGAAGCCAGGCGGCUGGCAGCGCGCGCUCGGUCCCGGAGCCUAGAACCCGCGGGAGAGGGGCUCGGGAAGCCGUGCGUCCGGCCCGCCCUCGGCCCCGCGCGGCGCGGGGGCGCACCAUGCCUGCCGACACCCCGGGGAAGCUGAGGGCCUCGCCGCGGGCGGGAGCGCCGGCCGGUGCCCGCCGGACCCCGGACCAGCCCCGGAGCGCGGCCGAGCACCGGAAGGUGGGGACCCGGCCGGACGCGGUUGGCAGGAGCGGGGGGGAGAGGGGAGCUGACGCCCGGGGGACUCAGCCGCUGCCGGCCCCGCAGUCCUCCAAGCCCGUCAUGGAGAAGCGGCGCCGAGCGCGCAUCAACGAGAGCCUCGCUCAGCUCCAGAGCCUCCUCCUGGACGCCCUCAGGAAAGAGGUGAGUCGGGGGCGGGAGGGCGAGAUCGGGGAGCCUGGAAUCCCGGCUCUCCUGGGCUGCCAGCCGCCCACACCGGCCCCGCCCCCAGAGCUCCCGCCGCUCGAAGCUGGAGAAGGCGGACAUCCUGGAGCUGACCGUGAAGCACCUGCAGAGCCUGCGGCGCGUGCAGGUGACAGCCGCCCUCCGCGCCGACCCGGCAGUCCUGGGCAAGUACCGCGCCGGCUUCCACGAGUGUCUGGCCGAGGUGAAUCGCUUCCUGGCUGGCUGCGAGGGCGUCCCAGCCGACGUGCGGUCCCGUCUGCUCGGCCAUCUGGCGACCUGCCUGGCCCGGCUGGGGCCCUUGCGCCGCCCGCUUCCACCGGCCCCCGCCGCCGAAGUUCUGGCGCCCGCGGUUUACGCGGGCCGCUCGCCGCCGCCAGCCUUCGACGGCCCCUGCCCCUUGCCGCGCUCCAGGGCGGUCUUGGCGCCGCCCUUCCUGCCGGGCCGGACGGGGGAGCCCCUCGCCGCCCCCGGAGCCGCGGCUCAGGGCCGGGGCGCACCCUGGAGGCCGUGGCUGCGGUGAGGUCGCGGCCCCAGAACCCGCUGAGACUGUGCCAGAAAAUAUUUAUUUCCAGAGACCGCGUCAGGAGCUUUGUUUUGUCGUCUUCGUGAAGGGUCCAGUCCGGCAGGGGCCCGGCAGCGGGGUCGGCUGAUGUCUUCGCGCGAGCGGGCAGGGCGGGCCGCGGGGGUUCUGCUCCCACCUGGGCCCGCAGGUGCCCGGCGCGGACGUUCGGCCGGCCUUGCGUUUGCCUGUAUCUAACUGCACUGGAGCCGCGACCCGCCUUGGAGUGGGGGGGAGGGUGUGUGAGAGGUCCCUCGGGAGGCUCAGGCAGGACGGGGCCAGGCAUCACUUUUUCCAGAAUGUCUCUCCGUGCUGGGAAGCGGUCCCGCAGCAUCACUGGGCAUGUUGUUUCCCACUCUCACUCGCGAGGACUCUGGAAGGUGGAGACAUGUAUUUUCACACUGUUGUCUUGGUGCUGAGCUGUGGUGAGGGCUGACUGUCCCUGAAGCUUCGGUUCUGGCCUGUUCCACCUCCUGCCUUCUUGUGGCUGAGCACAAAGCUGCCUGUGCCCACCCGUGCGUUGAGCCUGCCCCAGGCCAGUGUCUGCCCGGGAGAGGGCUGCCAGCAGGAGCGGGCAUCUGAGUCCCAGGGGCAGGGAACGGGGGCCAGCCCGACAAAGGGCACUUGGUGCUGGGGUCUUCUCCUGCCAGAGCCCAGCCCUGCUGUGUGCCCCAUCCUGCCCUGAGAGGGGAGGUACCCCUUCAGUACAAAGGAACUGGCGUUGGUCCGGCCUACGCAUCCGUCCUGAGCACCGGCUGUGUGUUCAUCCUACAAUACAGCGAUCCUAGGCGGCGUUGGGCAUGGCCCCCCACCCCCGACCCCGAGAGUCGCUGUCCUGUGGUCCCAGGCCUCCCCAGGCUGCUGCUGGGGGCUGUGCUCCGGGUGCGGUGAGGGGGUGGUCCAAGGCACGCAGCUGGGACUGCAGUGUCUCAUCCUGAGCCCUGCUGAGGCUGAGGCAAGAUCUGUUUCCCAACCACAGCCAAGUUCACCUGAUGGUUGUUGGCCGCCUGCCUGGCCAGGGACCAUCGCGGAGGAGGAGGGUGAAUCACUGCCGGGGCUGGCCUGCCCCUCCUCCAGUGGCCCCAUCAGCUCCCGUGUCCGUGUCAUGCGCAGGGUUCACCUGCCCUCCUGGACUCAGCCGUGCACACCCGGCAGGGCCUGCCACGUCCCACCAAGCCAGUUCCUCCCCGGCCUCUAGCUGCCUGGCGCGUCUUCCUGAGUGUCCAGGGCCCAGGCCAGUGGUCCUGGACAGUUGCAGCCA